AACUUUCCUCGUCGUUGCAUCCAUUUUGCGUCGCAAUCAUCUCCAAGCAAGUUUAGUCCCAAACGCAUCGGAGAAAAGGCGCCAGAAUUCACUGCACGAAAAUUAUGGCCGAGGAAGAUUCUGAGGCAGUGCGCUGCCUCACGCAAAUGUCUGACGAAAAUGCCCAGUCGUUGGAGCAGGAAAAUGCAGUUUCCACGCAGGAGCAACAAGAGACAAACCCAACGCCAAACGACCACGAUUAUGUGGAAGGUGCAAGUGGAAAACAACAGCACGAAACGAAAUUGGACAUCGUGAAUUUACCGGCCUCGGAAGUGCCGGUUGGUGAAUUUACCGUAAUUUCUUCGCCCCUGACACCGCGUCAACACCAGCCCCCAAAAGAGGCAAAAACAACUAAAGUCAAGCCUGAUCAUGAAUGGAACAAAAUGGGGACAUGGAGCACUCCUUACAAGGGAUACUUCACGACUAGCGAAGAACUUGAGCAAGUCAUCAGGUGCUACACGGAGGAGACGGAAAGCCGGUGGACGGUGAGCGCGAAAGACAAACUCUUCGGAUCAACUGAUAUAAAAGUCAGCAACUUCAAGUUGUUCUGGAGGGGGCGUGAAGACAACAGGAAAGCAGCUUUCCCUGAUUUUGAUGGCAUUCCUUUCAUAAUGAUCGGCCGUAAGACCUGGGGCUGUCACCUAGGCCGAGACAAGUGUCGCUCAGGAAAGAUCAAGUAUCGCACCAAAAUGCAAGCAGAGAGCCAGGCAGGUGAAACAGGGAAAUGGCCCAUCACACGCUCCUCUAAGAAGCUUGGCUGUCCAGCGCUCAUCACUAGUGUCCAUGUGCUGAAGUUCCAUGAAUACCCAAUAACGAAGACAAUGAGUGAGUUCCAUCGUAAGCAGUUGCUGAAGAGAUUGAGGCAGUCCCUGUUGUCAAAGCACAGCAUCGUCAAGGCGGAGCAGCGAUUCUAUGUUAAUCUAGCUCCACAGGAUGAGCAUAUCCAUGAGGGCGUCAGUGUUAACGCCUGGCAGGAUACCAGCUGCAACUCAGUGUCUUUCCAGGUGGACCGUGGCCUUAUCUACAAGAUCACCGAGCUCCAUCAUGCCGGCAUGUUCAGAUUGGCCGAUGUCAGUCGUGUACUGGAUCACUAUCGUAAGCAGCGGUAUAAAGAUGAGGAGCCACCUUCCCCAGACCUCAUCCCGGAGCUGUACCCAAGCCACAAUGUCAUCCAUUUCUUUAUUUCCCAUGCCAUCAAAGUCACCAGCAUCUUAGAGUUGGACCUAGGCCUAGGCCAUCGUCUUGUCAGUGGCUGGCAGAGUGCCUUCCCUAACGACAGCUGGUAUUACCAGCCGUUCGCAUCCAGUGGACCCAUCAAGCGUGCCCGGAACAAGCGGGACCGGCUGCUAGUAGGACACUACCCAGACCUGUCGCAGACCUUCCUGUUCUGCUGCCAAAAUGCUGCCCAGCGCCACUUGCUAGACGCCUAUGGGACUGUCUGCCUCUUGGACAGCCCAUAUGGCAAGACCGUCAUGCCCACCUACUUCCUACAAGUACGGACUGUCACCGGUUACCAGGUAGUGGGUACCAUCAUCAUGCAGUACUGGAGCAGCAAGGCGUUAGUGGAAGCUCUUCAGGUGGUCAAGGAUUGGAAUCCCGAAUGGCAACCCCAGGCCAUGUUGGUGGAUAUGAUAGAAGAGGAAGUCGAGGCUCUGCAAAAGCUCUUCCCAGACUGCAAUUUUUUCAUCUCCUGUGUUCACCGUGAGCGGGCGUGGCUGGAUUAUCUUGGUGCCAGCGAGAAGGAGGAUCGGAGCUCCGACUCCGCCCUCCUGGAUGCCCUGGUCUAUGCUGGAACUGAAGAAGAACUGGACGAGGCACUAACAAAGCUACACCACAGUCCUCUAUGGGCCCAGAAUCACCGACUCCGACACUGGAUGCAAGUCCAAUGGCUACCACACGUCAAGAUGUGGUCGCAUGCCUUCCUCAGCAAGCCCAUACUAGUCACCUUGUGUGCCAACGAUGGUAUGGACAGACUGAGGGAAGCCAUGGUCUAUGAUUGGCUAGAGGCCGUCCGAAGCCGCACCCUCAGUGAACUACUGACUAGUCUCAUCAUGGAGGAAAUACCCAAGCUGUAUGACAGCUACUGUGAAGAGAACCGCACUAUGGCUACGUCAAACCGGUACCAGUUUUGCGCGGGUUUACCGGUGUACAUCCGACAUCAACCAGUGCCCGCUCGGUCCCACAUCAAUGAGUUAAUCUCCUCGCUUCCUUCCAUGAAGAUCACCAAGAAGGAUGGGGGGAAAUUCCUGGUCCGACGGGCAGAUGAAGACGAUUUUGAGCACCAAGUUGACUUUGGCAGCGAAACGGAGUACCCUUCUUGUAAUUGCUGGAUGUGGGUGGCAGGGAUGGAGAUCUGUGAACACUUCUGUGCCAUUUUCAAAGAAUGUGCAGACUGGCAUUGGUGCCAGCUGUCCACGCUCUACACAGGCAAUCCAAUCUUCGCGUUGGACCACACCGUGCUGGAAGUUCAACCACGUGAAAUGCCGCGAUGCAACGACAACAGCAGCAGUAGCUCUGAUGACAAUCCUGACCUCCUUGAGGUGUCCAUGGAUGAUUUCGGUGCCCAAGAGGUCUUAGGUGCCCAGGAGGUCUUAGAAAUGGACGGCAGCUUGGACGGUAAUGACCUAGCUGGCUCAGCCUGGCGACUGGAUCACAAACAAAACACCUGCAAAAACCUGUUAGAUCAACUGGGUGCACUCACUGAGCAGACUAAAGACCCUGAGGCAAUGGACUACAUGACCAACAACUUGGUGCUCUUGCUGAGACAGAUGCAAGGAAAGAAAGAAGAGUCUCCCCCGAGCCCCCCAAAACAGACGCGGGGGAGGAAGCGACUUAGAAGUGGACAAGCAAAGUAGACUCUGAGCAAAUGAACAUGGUCGUGAUGAGUGGAUCACACAAAUAUGCCUUGCGUCUUUCACUCAACGAAAACCAUUUGAAACAAUUCAGGGAAAGAUGAAACAUACUCCAGACUCCAAAAACAAGUUGGAUGGAAGUUCUAACCCAAACCUUAACCCUACUGAAUGGUAACAACAUGUUUAGUUAAGAAAGAGAAAGGCCUUUCCAGGAUAACAAGAUCCAACAGGUCAACUUUCUCAAAGUUAAACAGCCUCAGGGUCUGAGGCUGCCAGCCACCACAGGAUCCACCAGUGGCAUUGUUUUACUAAUUACAAGCUCCUGUUGUUUCAGAUGAGGUAUGAAGACCAGAAUUGUUUCUUUUGCUUUUGCUUGGUUUUUGUUUGUUUUCUUUCAAAUGGUGAAUCUUUGGACAAUGCAAAAUCUUCAUCUGUUUCUUUUCAUUUAUUUGCCAUUCCUGAAGAGCCUGGAGAGUUCAAAAAGAAAAAAUUCACAAGUCUUUUAGCAUGAGCAAGUCUUGAUAUUGCCUCAUUUGGACACAAUCAAAAUAUCAGUCAAAUUGUGUACCCGUAUGUAUUCUGUGGAAAUCAGGGAAAUAUUUGCACUAACUUUUAGUGCGGAUGACAGUGGUAUGUCAGUCGUAUGCGUGUGUUAUGGGCAGCUGCAGGCUUUUAUAUAAUUGUGCUUUGACCACUUAUACAAAAUCUUCAAAAUUGUGGAAUUUCAACACACAUUUUCUGAAUUAAUUUUGACAAAUACAUGUAUGUAGUUUGGUAUGCCAGUGGAAAAACGGUGUAUCAUGAUUUGCCUAUUUGGAAAAAAUUCUUUAACAGUCAAUUGGGAACUUCUGGGAUUUGCUUUGACUUUCACACUGAAUUUCAAAAUUCUUAAAUUGUUUGUAAUGUUUUCAUUUGAAGUUUCAUUAAUUAUAUAUUCCCAAUAUUUACCUGAAUGAAUUUGAAGCCUGUCAACAAGGAGAUUUGGCAACACAGCAUAAGGAAGGUCAGGGAUCAAGUUGAAGUGCACCACGUUAGGGAACUUGGGAGAGAACAAUGCGUCAAGUAAACUGCAGAGACAGAAAGAAAAAAUAUGCAAAAUUAGGGAUCAGGCUUUACCCUUCAGAAAAAAAAUCUCAAAUUUUUAUAUUGCGCAGACAAGGUUCGAGCAGUUUACUAGCAAAUUUUGAAGUCGGAACUUUGAAAUAAUACAGUUUAGUUUAAUUUUCAAGAAUCUUUUGCACCAUUGACUGCAACAGUUGUAAAACAAAAAGUGUACUUACUUGACUGGCAUGCAUCCAACUGUUGAACAAGAGGGUCAUGUAGUAGUCUGGUGCUUUGUCUUUUGGGAGGAAUGUUGGGUGAAAAAUAGAGUCUGGGUACCAGAUGCCUCCUUUUAUCGGUAUCUUGUGGACACACUUCUAUACGUUGGACUGAAAUAUAUAACUCUGUUUGCCUUUGUGUGAAAUGGUGGGUGCUAUUUGAGUGGAUUAUCUCUGUACAUGUACUCGUAUUUACCCACCCAUUAUAGCACCCUCCUGUUGUAUGUUGAAAAGGCUGAUGUAGCUUAAUUCUUUUUUUUUCUUAUUAUGCAAGUUUUCACCAUCACAUUUUGAAAUUCCCGAAAAAUAUUUUUACUGUCAGAUGCUUCACAGUCGAGCGGAAACAAUUUUGAGCAGCUGUAAAGGAUAAUAAAACAAAACAAAAAGCAGGACUGUGUCAAUGUAAAAGAAAAUAGGAAUCAAACGAAACUUGCCUAAUAUACCCAGAUAAAAAAUAUUUAUUUGCAUUUUGACUCUAAAAAUAAAACAGAAUGACAUGUACGUGUCUUACAAAUUGGUAUUACACAAUAACAGUUUGUUUUUUAACUCAAGAUGGGUUGCAGAAUGUGCCGUAUUUUGGUCAGCCUUUCCAUAAAACCUGUGAUAAUACUGCUGACGACUUGAUCCUUAGCAAUUGAAAAUGGUCAUCAUGGUGUGACAUCUUGCUGAAAAGUUUUAAACGUUCAUAAAUGUCAAAUAUCAGUCUUUUGUUAAUGUCACAUAAGUGUUCAUCAAUAUGCAAAUAUAUAAUGUGAAAGAAUGAAUGUGUAAGACCCACAAUGAAUUACCACCGAUGCAUUAACUAACACUUUUGCAAAAACAAAAAGCAUUGAAAGUACGUUAAAAAAAUGCCCUUGAUAUUUAUUAUCCAUACACAUAAUUUAAUAACUGAAGUACAAAAAAUGUUACAUUAAUUUUUAAUUCAAACUCUCCACCAAUGAUAAGUUGCUUUCUUUAAACUUUUUCCUGCUGUAAACAAAAUGUUAGUUGUUAAAUAAAACAAUUAUUGUUCUUUGCAAGUUUUCAGUUAAGUACUUUUUCAUGGAAUAAUUUCUUUGACUGUAUUGGCCAUCUUGAUGAAACAAAUUUGAACAAAUCAAUUCCCAAAAAGCGCAAUUUUAAUGUUUGAUUGUUCCCGCGCAUGUGGCAAAAUGAGUUUUUAUGUACCUGUCCAUUGUACAAGGUAGCAUACAUGACCAUUGAUUAAAAGGAUUUUUUAUUUAAUACAUUAUUUGUUUACACAGUGAUUGAACCAACCAAUUUUGUUAAAACUUAGUACUCAGUAUUGUCAUCAAAACACAGGCUUGCAUCUUACAUAUUACAUGAUAAGUCUUACACUGUUUGUUUGUAUAUAUCUGCUACUGUAAAUUUCUUUCAGGAUUUUCCUAAGUAUUAAAGAAUGUGCCUUCAAAAGACCUUGGUUUAUUUGUGCAGUUUUCAAUCUGAGCAAUAAAGAUCAAUUUUGUGAAAAACA